AUGGCCUACGCAGGCUCCGACGACUCGUCCUCUGAGUCGCAGGACGAGCACCUGCACGACGGGGACGAUGUCCACAACGGGAUCGCCCCCGACACAGCUACCACCAUCGCCGGCGCACUGCCCGCCGAUCACCUUAAGCUCACGCGCGCAGGCGUGUUCAACCCGUCGCCCAACGACGCGCUCGCAGCACGACUACUGCUGCACGGGCUGCGCAUCGGCCGCGACGGCAAGAACCUGCCGGCGGAGCUCGCGCUACGCAUAGCAAACCUAGCCGACUACCGCACGUGCCUGGCGAGCUGCCGCCACGAGCUGGCGCACUUCUCGGCGAACGAUUUCUGGCGACCCGGCCCGCGCGCCGACGUCGCGGGGCUGUAUCUGACAAGCCCCGCGCUGCCGCGCGUCCCGGGCGGCCGCAAAGUGCGCGCCAAGUGGGUCACGUUCCAGCUGCGCGGCGCCGACCAGGGCUGGGCGGAUUUCGGCGGCCACGGCACGUUCCGGAACAGUCACACGUGGUACGAGGCGAGUAUUCUGCGGCGUGUCGAAAGGGCGGAGGGUGAUGGCGGUGACGUUGCCGAGGAGGAGGAGGAGGAGGAGGAGGAGGAGGAGGACGACGACGACGACGACGACGUGGCGCUCAAGACGACCCUCACAGUCCACCGACAGAGCGUCGAGGACUUUGGUCCCGCGCUGGAAGGGUUCGGCUGGCGGCUGGUCAAGAACAGCGACAAGGUCGCGUGGCGGGUCCACAACAACGUCACGGCGCGCAGCGAGCUCGGAUACUACCGGGUUGACUGGGUGGCGGGCGUGCCGACGCAGGUCGACGACCCGCUUGCCAUGGGGGACGGCGCCGGGUUUCUUGAGGCGAUGAGGGCAGGCGAUCGGAUUGCGCUGUGGGCGAGGGCCGAGCAACAAGCUUGGGUCAACACGACUGCUGAAGCUACCAUUGAGCUGGCCUAUGAAGUUGUUUGA